AUGUACUUUGGAGAAAGCGAAAAAGGAGUUCGCCAGCUUUUCGGUACGUCUUUGAAGUACCGUACUCAAGUCUGUUCAGAAGAUCUUGCUGUGUGCUUACAACUGCUGCUUGCUUGCAGCUCGAGCACGUGCCGCGUCAUCGUGUCUCUUACUUUUGACGAAUUGAUUCCAUCGCUCGCAAGCGAUCGUUUGUUGGAAACGAUGGAGGCAGCAGUGGUGGAGGAGUCUACUCCCGAGUGCUUUCCACCUUCCUGA